AUGAGAAUAGGACUUAUGUGGGGUCCAUCAUAUCUUCAGAGGAUAAAACCUUUAAAAUAUUUAAAACAAUGCGUAGCGAUACGGCAUGUACAUAGAACUGCACCAUUAUGCCGACCUGCUGCAUAUAAUAACACAGCAGCUAUGUUACUACAGAAGAAUUUACUUCUUCGAAAUAAUACAUUAUAUGGAUAUGGAUAUGGUACUAUUCGAUGUACUGUAUUUGAUUCACAAGGAAAUACGGGACCUUCUUCGAUCGAAAUGAAAAGGGAAGAUUUAGUUAUUCAACAUAAACUUUUACCAAGAGAUUUACGUAAAAUUGAGAAAUCAAAGAAAAAUGAUUUAGUGCCUAGUAUACUUGUUAGAAAAGAUGGUAUUUUGAUCAGUCUAUUGACAAUCAAGGCGUUAAUUAAAUCAGAUUCUGUCAUUAUUUUUGAUUCGGUGGGGAGUGGGAUAUCAUUGAGCUCUGCUACGCAGAGAGAUUUCAUUCAAAGUUUAAAAUUAAGAUUAAAGAAUGAAGCUUCAGAUGAGGUAAAUUCUCAUUCAUUACCAUACGAAUUUCGAGCAUUAGAGGCAAUAUUUGUGUUUGCGUUAUCGAAUCUCACCAGUGAAAUGAAUGUGUUAUUAACUUUAACUCAGGGUGUUCUUACAGAUUUGGAUCAUAAUAUUACUAGAGAUAAAUUGCGAUUAUUAUUAAUACAAAAUAAAAAAUUGAAAGUGUUUUAUAAGAAAUGUGUAUUAGUGAGAAAUAUGUUAGAUGAUUUAUUAGAACAAGAUGAUAUGUUAUGCGAUAUGUACUUGACUGAUUGGAAAGAAGGUAUUGUAAGAAUCGAAGAUGAUCAUUCUGAGAUAGAAAUGUUACUAGAAACAUAUCAUAACCAUGUAGAUGAAGUGGUCCAAAGGACAGAAAAUACAAUUUCAAAUGUAAGAACCACAGAAGAAAUCAUCAAUAUCAUAUUAGAUUCCAAUAGAAAUCAAUUAAUGUUAUUAAACAUUAAGAUGGGGGUAGGGAUGUUCUCCCUGGGUGGUGCAAUUUUUGUUGGUUCGUUAUAUGGGAUGAAUCUCGAGAAUUUCAUAGAAGGGACAGAUUAUGGGUUUGCAGUAGCUACUGGUGUUGGUCUACUAUCUACUGUGUGGUUCUAUUGGUUCUGUAUGAGAAGUUUGUAUAGGUUACAACGUAUGUCGUUAUUGAACUCCCUCAAAGUGAAGAAGAAAUUCUGA